UGUCCUCAAUGAUUAUUACUAUUAUAUUUCUGUUGCUACAACUGCUGGCGAGUCUGUCAAUGGGAUCUCUGAAUUGUCCCACUGACGAAGCGAUUCCACCGCAGUUUCAUUUGGUGCGAGAGUGUCAACGGGCUUCAGCAGAUGAUGCACUAUCUCUAGAAAACACAUCUUCCUUCGAGGACUGCGCCAACUUGGCCCGGGAAUUGCAUGGACUUGCCCUAAACUACGCUCCAGGCGGUCCAACGCGACACAGGAAUAGGUUUAUUCAGUCGAAUCAUGGCAGUCAUGGCAGAAUCUUGCGCAGUCGAUUGACGGUAUUUGAACAGCCCGCAGAGUUCUUCAACUGCCAUGUACUGCAGUGCCCGCAGAAUAGCACCUUUGGGGAUAUGGUUAAUGACAGCCGCUUCGACUACUACAGCUUGCAUGGCAGACCAACAACUCUGCGGAACUAUAGCUGUGUGCCAGAAGUCGGCUUAUUUUUGGUGUACACCAAUCCCAGCAGUUAUCUAAAUGCAUCCUUGGAGUGUAGCAAUUCCAGUGAGUUCUCCGGGAGCCUGGCGCACAUUGCCUCCGAAUCCCGGACGCGGGCCUUGUCACAAUGGCUGAUGGACUUCAACAGGAAGUCGCGCCCAGUCCUGGAAGCAAAGCCUAUGCCAAAGAUUUUUCUGGCGUAUGUGGGACUUGCGUUUAAUCGCACGACCUCCCUCAACGCUCAUGAUUUUCGUAAUGCUCAGCACGAGAGCUUGAUGUGUUUUCUUUACAGGGCAUGGGAUGUUGGUCAUCCAGCUCUUGGGCAGCAGAAGGCCAACGAGAGUUGCGUUGCAUUGACGCCGCAGGGCACCUGGCAUGCACUCAGCUGCGAACGCGAGCUACCUUUUAUUUGCGAAAUAUUUACUGCGAGUCCAAGGAGCUGGAAGCAUGAGGCUGAACUGGAUAUCGGCCCGAAUUCUGUGGCAGAGUGUCGUAAUGAUUGAGUCUGUGGUGCAACACUGUUAUUCGCAGCCGUUUUAUUCACUUAAGCCGUUUUGAAAACACAAAAGCCAAAUGUAUUAGUAUUAUGUCAGCCCACAAUCCGCACUCUAUCGAACGUGAAUCGCAAUGUUUGAAGGUUGUAAAACAAAUACAGUGUACACCAUCGCAGCUGGAGCUGAAGUCCUCCGGGUUUAGUGGUACUUGUAGUUCCUGUGGUGCUUCAAUUUGGUGUAGUUGAUCAUAUAGAAGAACGUCAUGCUGGCCACGGUCAGCUGGAAGAAGGGUGCAAUACCAG